GAACAAAGCUAGCCAUAACAGGGGCUAAAAUUAUCGUUCUUUGUUCAUUCAUGACUUCGUGUAAAACAUUCUAAAAUUUCAUAGAAGAAUGUGAUUUUCUCUGGCCGAAUCUGUCGUCAUAUAUUCUUCCAUAACUGCACUAUAUUUCAAAGUACAAUUGAGGCGUUGAAUUAUCGACACUAAACGCUUACUAUGGGUGCAAAUCAAAGCGAACAGCAAGUUUCGAGGUAUGAUGCCCCUAUCGAGUCGACGACUGGUCCGACGCCUGCAGCUGCGGCAGCGGAAGGAGGCAGCAUACCGUAUACGUUCUACUCUGUAGACAGGAAUGCAGCUCCUGCUCCGAAAGAUAAUAGAGUGCAGGCCUUAGCCAAGCAGCAGCAGGGAAGGUCCACACCCACAAAGGGCUCGCCCCAGAGAAGUCCUAAGGUGGGGUCAGCGGAUCACAAGAUUGUGACGGUGUCGGCGGGGACUCAGGGAGCCGACCAGUCGCUGUCUUUUGAGAUUCAGAAGAUGAGAGACAUCCCAACGUUCAUGCCCAUUUUGAAAGGCACCCACAGCGUCGCACAGGUGGAGGACCCUAACCAGAUGGAGAAAAUGGAUCACAGACAGUUGCUCCUGCUGUGUUUGCGAUACCAGCAUCAUCUCCGGCAAUGCUCCGAGGCAGUGACCUUUGACCAGAAUGCUCUGACAGGGAGAAUCAAAGAGGUGGAUGCCAUCAUACACAGUAUAAUGCAAUCCAUGGCUGAGCGGCAGAAGCGAUUCGCCAAGCAUGCCGAACAAAUACAGAAGAUCAACGAAAUGUCAGGAACUCUAAAGCGUGUUCAGAUGAGUGUAGAUCAGCUAAUCCCACUUAUGGACCGUCUGAACAGCGUAUUGCCGGAUGCAGAGAGAUUGGAGCCUUUUACGAUGCGCCCGACAGGACCUAGGACGUGACUCUCCAUUUUGACAAAGUGUUAAAGGGAGUGUGUCAUGACGAGACUGUGUCUUUCCCGUGGCCCUACCCGGGGCCAAUCGGGUAUUAAUACGACUAUGGACGACGUGACUGCAGCAUUCACGUGCGUGCAACAGACACGAAAUUAAAGCGUGAGGAGAACUUCGGUCUGUUUCGCGAACCCUAGCAGUCUGAACCAGUUAAUCAAGUUCAUUCUUUUACGUGCAGUUGUCCCAUAGAAGACGUAGAUGGCGUCAACCAGUAAUUCCCAUGCUACACUCCCUUUAAUGCUGAAUGGUGAAAUAUUAUGAACCUGUAAGAGUAUUACAUACUAAGCUAGAAGGAACCUCAACCUGGGCGUACUUUAAAAGGAAAAGGUCAGGUUUCCAAGUGCAGGAGGUCAUAAUUCACUAACACCAGACUUGGUUGAAAUACCAUUGAUGGGUGUACAAGAUUUGCACACAGCAAACCCCUUGUCCCAUCAAGAAGUACCCCUUAGUCCCUCUGAGAGUCUUCGGGUGAAAAAUGCAGAGAUUUACAUAGAACUGAAGGCUAAUCCUGGUGGUCGACAACACCUGUCAUUGGGUUGACGCCUGCCCUGAAUACUGUUGAAUUCCCCAUGAGAGCCCACUACUGUGCGUCUUUAAGUCUGUAUUCAAUAGAGCUUUAACGUGGAACAUCAAUACAUGAAUACUGUUGAUGAUGGCCUGUCCUUAAAGCAAA